AUGGGCACUAAACGUCAAAGGGAUAAGAAUGAUAGUAGCAAAAGUAACCAAAAGAAGUAUAAGAGGCUGAAUGGAGGAAUAGCCACUGCCAGAGUCAUCAAGCGUGAAAACGAGUUUGACAAACUUUCUCAUCAGGAUGAAGACUCUGAUUCAGAUUACAUUUUCGAUUACAAUAAUAGAUCACAAUCACCUGAGAAAGAGGUAGUUUUAGUUGAUAGUGAUGUUGAAGAGACAAAUGGAAGUGGUAUUAUUACUGCUAAUGGACAAAAUUCGGGAAAGCACAAAGGCACUGGUGAAGAAGGAAACGAAUUGACAACUAACCAGGAUUUUAUACAAUUUGGGUUUCUGUCUUCCGAAGACGACAACGAGAGUGAAAACGAUGAGGAACAAAACAUCGAGCUCGCAAAUGAGACAUCAUCAGAGCCUAAUUCCUUAUAUCCUUGGUUAAAGGAUCAUGACCAUUCAACACAGAAGGAAAUAGCUGAUUGGCUUACAAUGGAAAUGAAGGAUUUUGUCAGCUAUAUUUCACCAUCUAGGUCUGAAAUUGUCACCAGAAAUAACGUUGUAAAUACAUUGAAGAGGGAAAUAUCCUCUUUCUGGCCUGGGACAGAAGUGCAUGUUUUUGGAUCUAGCGCAACAGACUUGUAUCUCCCUGGCUCGGAUAUCGAUAUGGUAGUCAUAUCAAACACCGGCGAUUAUGAAAACAGGUCUAGAUUAUACCAAUUGUCAUCCUUCCUCAGGGCAAAAACUUUGGCCACAAAUGUGGAGGUGAUAGCAAACGCCAAGGUGCCCAUAAUAAAAUUUGUUGACCCGCAAUCGAAUUUACCUAUUGAUAUAUCUUUUGAGCGUACAAAUGGUUUGGAUGCUGCUAGACGAAUAAGAAAAUGGUUACUUGCCACCCCGGGACUACGUGAAUUGGUGUUGGUUGUAAAGCAGUUCCUAAGGUCCAGAAAGUUAAACAAUGUUCACGUUGGUGGUCUUGGUGGAUAUGCAACUAUUAUUAUGUGCUAUCAUUUCAUGCAAUUACAUCCAAAAAUAUCCACAAAUACAAUGGACGCACCAGAGAACCUAGGGGUAUUACUCAUCGAAUUUUUUGAGCUAUUUGGACGCAAUUUCUCCUACGAUAAUCUUAUCAUUUCAAUUGACCCUGAGACUCAAUUGCCGCGUUAUUUGCUAAAAGGCAAACACCCAAUCUUAAAUACAGCAAGAAAUACGUUUUCCAUUGUGAUCCAAGAUCCAGCUGAUCCGAGUAAUAAUAUUACUCGAUCAUCUUAUAACCUUCGAGAUUUGAAAAAGGCAUUCGGUGGCGCUUAUCAACUCCUUGUUGCAAAAUGUUAUGAACUAAAUGCUGCUCCGUAUAAAGAGAGGUUGGGCCAACUGAUUUUAGGAGACAUCAUCAAAUUCAAGGGAAAGGAGAGAAAUUUUGUCGACGAGAGGCAUUUGGUGCGCAAUGAUGCUCUUAUCCAUCACGAAGAGGAGCCAGCUUUACUGAGUGACAUAGAGAAUGAUGGAAUAGAAGGGAAUGACAAGUACUACUUCUCCGAUAUGACGGUGGAAAGUGAAGAACAGGAAGAGUACACCCCAUUACCAAAGAAACAAUCGCCCGUUAAAAAACAAACACCCAUCACAAAUAAAGCCAAAGAUACAAAGAAACUCGUGGAGUCGUAUUUAAGUUUAGAGUCUUCGCCAGAAGAAGAAGAUAAAGUCUCAACUACUUCCUCAAAGAAGCCAAACCUACCGAAAAAACCGAGUAUUGAUAAAGAUUUCAAAAGAGAUUACUGGAGACUGAAGGGACUAGAUAUCUAG